UAUGUACAAGACGCGUACGUACGACGGGAGUGCCGAAGCGUGCGCCGCGCGUUUGUUUCGCGAGGAGUCGAAGAAAGCACCUGUCGCCGAGAUGGGACAUCGCGUUGAUCGUGGCGUUCGGUUGGAGCUUCGGUUAACGGCGCCCUGGAGGAAAUGGCGCCGAGAAUCGUCUCGUUCGCGGAUUUUGCCGUUCCCGGCCGCCUCCCCCCCCCCCGCACUCCGUCGCUGCUGCUAAAACAUUGUCGAGAGAGGAAAGGAGGAAGAAAGCAGUCGAGGUUCUGAGACAUUGGACGAGAAUUAUGCGAUGCUGAUAGGACCGUAUCGACGCAGGAAUUCUACGUUAUCAGCCUCGUGUUGAUUCACUCUUGAAAUAAUCUGUGCCAGAGGACGCCCAGCGCUGCGUCGUUCGGCAAGGGUUGCGGGGCGCAGGAGCACGAACGUCGUCCUCCGGGUUGCCGUUCGGCAGGAGUUCAGUUGGUGCCGGUCGGUCCCGAGAGUCGUUCACAUUCUGUGGGACGCAAAAAUCUAAGAUGGCAAGAGAUAUGUACAUUUGAUAGGGUGGUCCAUUCGACAAGAGAGAAUUCGAUUCGGUUUUUGCGUAACGCAGGAUAAUGAGCAAGUGAAAACGGAAAGAGAAAGGAAGAGAGAGAGAGAGAGAGAGAAAGGAAGAGAGAGUAGGAGCAAGAGAAAGAGAGAGAGAGAGAGAGAGGGGGGUGGUCGCGAUGGACGGAUAGAUAUCGGUGCAGCAUCAUCGGUCGCGCAUCUUUCGAGCGGGAGAGAGGGGUGCGUUACAACCGUGCGACACGCAUAAUCGCCGAGAGAAGAGUCGCAGAUCGGGAGUGGACUACUAGUCGUGCUGUGACGGAAGUUGGGCACCCUCUCGACGGUAUGCCCGUGACGAGUUGCAACGCGAGAUAAAGGUGGGACUGAAGGAGCGAAAGAGAGAAAGAAAAAGAGAGAGAGAGAGAGGAGCAUCUUAUCCUGAAGGGAGCAGCAGGAGACGGAAACAUGGGAAAAGGGGACAAGAAAGGCGGUACGCAACGUGGUGAUGGUGCCAGCACCAAUCUCGUGGGCAAGUUCACGCAGAGCGUGCGAAGGAUCGUCCAAGACGUGAAGGACGAGGGCACUUCCAGUGGACAAACGAAAGAGGAGGUGAUCGAAACGAACGAGAGGCUGAGGGUCGUGAGGAUACGUCUGGACGGCAGCUACGACACCGCUAAGAGGGCCCUCGUCGAAUUAAUGUGCAAGUACACCGACAGCAAGCAAGUGCGCAACGUGUUCCAGCGUUACAACCUCCUAAAAAAUAUGAUCAAGCCUGAGCUACCGACGGUUUCGCCCUUCCAGGACGUAAUUAAGCUGGAGACGCAAUAUUGGACGCUGGUGGAUAUACCGAGGCAGGAGAAGCAGGAGACCGUGCCCGCUUUCGUGCUGCGUGCCUGUUCCAUCAUGGAGAAGACUCACAAAAGCGGCGAAGGCGUGAAAACUUCGGCGCGUCUCGCCGAGGAGGCCGAGACCAAGAGGGAGCGCAUCGAAAGACUCGAGAAUAUGACGACGGCGCAAAUCGAAGCUGAGAACACCCAGAUGACCAAUGAUCUGUACAGAUUGCUGAAGAAGUACACGGGUCUCAGAAACCUCAUCAAAGUAUUGAAAGAGGAGUACAACAGUUCGAAGUUGUAUCCGAUGUUCCCGCGUUACACGAUACUAAAGGACAUGAUAAAGGAUAUAAUGCACAACCCGGACUAUAUGGAAGUUUGUCACGAGGUGGACCAAGCAUAGCGGCCCGACCCCCUCCACCGUUCGCCACGUAUGACCCUAUAAAUUCUUUGGAGUCGCCGCGUGAUCGUCGGUGAAGGGGGUGAACCACAGAAUGCUUCAGCUUUGACUGAUAAUUUUAUUUUUGGACAGAGUAAUUCCUGUGAUUUUAUGUUCCAUCCUAUAUUUCUCCGUGAAUUUCACAUUUUCUUGAUUCGUUACCUUGUCCAAACCGUUCGCCAACAAACGUCAUCUUUGUUCAUUCGGAUUUUGGGCCAAAUCUGGAACAAGUUGCAUCACGCUUGUACCAAACGUAUACAAUUUCUCGCAGGUAAGUUAGAACCUCCUGCUCCUCUUUGCGCGUGUUUUGCAAAGUUUCGGCAAGAGGUGGGAGAAAUGAUAAGAGGUUGAAUAUCGCGCUGAAGUACGUCAUUGAACAUCGUGGAGUAGCAAUGGACACCUCGACAUGCUAUAAGAGCGCCGGAAUAUCAUGAGGAUGGAAUAGUCGUGGAGUCAAGGUAGGUCAUGAGGUCGUUCUCGUAUAGCUAUGAGAAUGCUGCUACUUGCUGCUUAAUCAUCGCAAGAAAAAAAAAACAAAUCGAGAACAGAAAAGAAGCUUUAUUUGAUGCUUAAUAAAGAUAAAAAUAUUUCAUAAAGAAUAAAAAGGAUUAGUUUUUCUAUGUAGCUAGAGGAUAUUAAUUUAUAAUUAAAUUCGAUUAAACAUUGAAGAUUAUGAUAAUGAUAUCGCGUUGAAUUUUCGUACUCUAGAUUUGAUCAAAAAGUACGUGGAUGAAAUAUAAUAAUUCUAGAACUUUAUAUUAAAUUCAAUAUUUAAAAAAAUCCCAUUUGUCACUCUGUGGAAAAAGAGUGACUUGAAUCCUUCCAAGUAAAUAAGUCCAAGUAGCAGGAUUCGCGAGAUUCCAACGUAGAGGCCAAGAGAUCGUUUUACAAUUUCUGAUUUUGGAUCGGAAUAGUCGCUCGCACGUCACAAAUAAAAGAGGCUAGAUCCGCUAUUAUUAUAAUAGUGAGUGUUGUAUGCAUGUGGUAUACCGUAAUUAAUUAGGAGUAAUUCGCAAGAUCUACGGGGUGUCGAGUAAAUUCAUAUAAGAUUGUGAGCGUGUGUUUGUACAUAGGUAUAGCUCGUGUGCGUGAAAUUAGCGUGAAAUUGUGAGAGUAAUGUCAAUGUGGAGCAUUAUUACCUGCUUCCUGCUGUGUAGGACUCUCGUAAUAAAGGACGUCGUCGGUCUCGCGCGGCCGAAUAUUCACUUUACCUACGAAGAGGACAAAGAUUUAAUGAUUCCAGACGCUUGAGCAACGCUCUGCGAAAAGAAGACGUAUUUGUAAUGAAAAAUAUUAAUUAAUAAUUUAACACUGAAACUAAGAUUUACAAUACGGUUAACUUUGAAUAUGAAGAUUUUAUUGAAAAAUUUGGAUAUAUUGUGUGCAUAUAUGAAUUAUAUAUUUAGCAUGUAAAUUGGGAAUAUUUGAAAUCCUCGCUUUUUAUCUGCGACAGAGAUAGAGACUAGGUGAUUUGAAAAAUGCCGAAAAUAAUACACAUUUAUGAAUAAGAAAUAUAGAUUAAUUGACAUUUUAAAUAAAUAAAAUUUGCAAGGCCAACUAUUUGAGUGUGGAAAUUUUUGUGAAUUAUUCGAAUUAUAUAUUUGGUAUAUUGAAAUAUUUCAAAUGUCUAUGUACAUUUAAGCAGCAUUUUAUAAGACGUGAAUGCAUGUCUUGAAGUUGAACAAUAAUCUAAAAUGUAUGAAUUAAGAUAUAGAAACAGAUUUAAAACACAUGUACAUGAUUUGAAUUUAAUUUAUUUCAGUGCUACAUAUUUAAGGAUAAAUUAUAGAUUCUACAUAAAAUAUAAUAUACGAAUUUUUUGGGGAAUCCUUAUAUUUUAGCUUAAACAAAGCAUUCUGAAGGAUAUUUUUUCAAGUCAAUUUCAAUAAAAAAUCAAUUUUUUAUGAUAUAUAUAUUUAUAUACAUAAUUUACAUUUUUAUCAAUCACUUUUUUUUACGUAACCAAAAAUAUGCACGCAGUGUUUAAUAUUAAUCGGCUAUUCUGUCGUAUGUACAAACCAUAAAUAUUAAUGGGCCCCCGUUUAAAAUACAUGCAACGCCUUCAUUACGAAUCGCGAGAUUAUAAGCUAAGAUGGUAUUUACGAUGUAUGGAUCAACUAAUGUUUCUUUCGUGCGAGAACAGAACGGCAAGAAUGUCACCUAUAUACAUUUUUAUUUUUAAUGCAGCGCGAAAUUUUCCAUGGGUACGAAUAUAUUCAUACAUGAGUUAGUGAUAAAUAGAUUUGCAUCGUACAUUUAGUACUAAAUGCAGUUCUCGAGUAUUUAUAUUAGGCGCGAUUUUCAAGCGCUAGAUAGAUGACAUUGAACAAAAAGGAAAUUAGUUGGUAAUUAAUUACCGUUGGGAUUUACAUAAAAUUCACCGUUGAACAGUCACAUUUAGCUAAAUACAAUGAGAUUGCGUAUGCUUGACGAUAAUAGUCGUGAGUAACGUUCUCCGUACACAUAUUAAAUAGCGUAAGAUACUCGGAAGAUAAAAACAUUAAUUAAAUGUAUUAAUUUUGCAUAACAUAUCACCAAUGUCAUGUUUACACACUCCGAUGGAAAAGCCCUCGAGAAAUUAUGCGAGAAGUGCCUAAUCGGGACAAGGGAAAAAUAUUAACGUUAUUUAAAAAAACCACAUAUUUCUAUUAAGCAAGAAAUUUAAAAACAUUUUAAAAUUAAACCUGAAGAUUUUUUGAGAAAAGUAAUUACGGCUUGCCGGUCAAGAAAUCGUAACGGAAAUAAAAUCGAAGCAGGCUCGAGCCAGAACACGAGUAUCCAAGCGAAAUUAAUGAGUAAUUUUAAAUUAUUAAAGCCAUUCGCAUCUGGAUAAUUCGCGCAGAAGGAUGAAAGUCCGUUGAUAGAUGGUAUUACAUUAAAAUUCGAAAUUUUCGCAAAUCUUUCCCGAUGGACUUUCGUUCAGAGUAUUUGCAUUUGAAUAUGCAUAUCGUGCUGUUCGAUAAUUGAUAAACACAGGAGAUAUCAUCGGAUCGGUUGUCCGACAUAUAAAAUGUAUCAUGUUCUCCAAGUGCUAUACCUCAUAGUAAGUAUUUACGUAAAGAUGAGAGAAGCCAAAACGCACGUGUUACACGGUCGCGCGUAAUGCAAAAUGCAACUUUUACACGUUUUAAUGUAGUUGCAACGACGUGAAAUUUAGUGCCAGCAAUUUAAUUUGAGAUGCAACCGUAAUGGGAGGUGUCUAGGAUUUUGUUGUACUUGUAUCGUUAAGGUCUAUAAGCAUGUAAUGAUGUAUAACUAUAUACUAAAAGUACGUAUAAAAAUACGUAUUAAAAAAUGGCUGACAGCCCGAAAUCAAAAUACAAAAUACAAUGCGCGGUAAACAUUGGGACGACAAUUGGAGGCGUCGCUUCUCAUGUUGCGGGCCCUUUCCAAUGUUUGCCGAUGGUUAGUGCUCCCCCUUCCCUCAACACUGUAUCUCCCCUUUAAACCGUUCUAGCAUUUUGUAAUCAAAAGUAUAAUUCAUCAAAAUGUCUAAUCAAACCUAACUAGUAUCCUCAUUCACGAAGCUGGAUACAGGCGAGAGAUGUUCCAAAAUCAAAACAAUGCUUUUUGUCUAUUAAUUUUAAUUAAAUGUGCAAAUCAAAGUUUUUACAAAGAAGAAAUAUUUUUAAGGGGUACCUCCUCUUUUUUAAAAAAAUAUCGAUCACAUAGAAGUCAAUACUUUAAUGUUUUAGCUUCGUUUUGAUAGGUUUCGUGAUGGAUGGAUAUAAGAACUUUUCUAUCAUCACACUCUCCUAAUAAUAACAAUAACAUCAAAUUAUUGAGCGACAGUAAUCAAUGACAUUAAAUUAUGACAGUAUAUUAAGCAGUAUAUUGUUGCCUGAACGUUAUAGUUUAAACUUUAGUAUCUAUUAGCAUUUAGUAAUAAUGUUGCUGAAAAAAUCAAAAAAUCCAUCAAACUUCAUAUAAUUGAAUUUAAUGAAAAAUCGUCAGUGGUAAUAUGUCUGCAUCCAGCACGUCCAUAAAAUUUUUUCUUCACGUUGACUGUUUAGACUAGAGCUUUUGACGUACAUAUUUAACUCCCGCUAUCUAUUGUACAUGUACGUAUAUUUGGAAAGAACAUUAAGAGAACGUUGAUACAAAGAUAUUCAGUGAGUUUUCACGUCUUAUUAUAAUUUAAUAGUCAUAUAUACAAUUAAAAUACAAUACAUUGAUUAUCUACCUUAUCAUUAAUUUCUAAUGUCUUCUUGGAACAACCAAUUAUAUUCUAAAAGAUUUAUUUUUUUGAAAAAUCUAUAUGAAUAAAAAGAUUUGCAGGGUAUUUCUAGUAAAAUUUAAAUACUUUUUUUUUAAUAAAAUGGGAACUCUUUAUGCAUCUUUAUGCAAGCAGAAAUAUUUUUGAUCAACCGAUUUUGUAAAAAUUCUCAGAAAACUUCAAAAUUAGUACCACUUUAAAAACAAAGCUUUCACAUUCCGUAUAAUCGGAAUAUAUUUUCCAGCACUUAAAAAUCUCUAAAUAUGCACACGUCAUAUACGGAAAUCUUUAUAUCUAUUUAUCUGUUUUAUGAUGCAACUUAUGCAAAGAUAUUUAUAGUCUUGUAUAUCCAAUCCACAAAUAAUAUAUGUGACCAAAAUAAUUAAUCUAUAAAUCUAUGGAUUAAUCCAUACGUGACAAUGUAAAUGAAUAUCAUCUAAAAAAAAA